UGACGUCCUAAGAUAUCAUUCCCAGAUACUUUCAUUUUGUGGGAAAUUGAACAAGUUUCGUUUAGGCUGAAAACAACAAUUUUCUGCUUAACUUUCGUGUUUGCUUUCAGUUUAACAUGAGUGUGUUCGUCAGUCCAGGAAGAAAGAGAGACUUCUCGUGCAUCAGCUGUGGUCAUGUUGUGUUUUUGGGGAGCGCAGGUCAGAGAGGGUUUGGGGCUGGUAAAGCCUGACCAAGUCAAACAUGGCGAUUCUGGAAUACGAUCUGUGUGUCCGAAAACAGCAGUUCAGGACAUGUCAGCUGGAAGGAGUUUUGCUGGAUUUAUCCGGGAUGGGAAGGUCUCGUUCCUGAGAUUGCGCAGUGAAGAUGAUUAUCAUAUAGAAUCACUAGAUCUAAAUGAUGAUACUGAUGACAGAAUCAGACUGAUUGUCUGUGGAGGAGAUGGUGCAGUGCUUCUUUCUGAUUCAGGAAAAGUUCUCAUCAUGGACAAAUCUACCUUGUGCAAGCCUCUCAAAGGUCUGGAUAACAGGCAGGUGAUUCAGAUCGCAUGUGGAGACCAUCAUUCAGUGGCACUAACCAACGAUGGUCAGGUGUUGGUAUGGGGUGAGAACUCUCAUGGUCAGCUGGGUUUGAGGAAAGAUCAUCCCGGCUCUCCGUCUGCUCAACAUGUUCAGAGUCUGAGUGGGAUCCCACUGGCUCAGAUCAGUGCUGGAGGAGACCACAGCUUUGGGUUGUCUCUCUCUGGAGUCGUGUUUGGAUGGGGAAAGAACUCUGCUGGACAGCUGGGCCUCGGAGACACUACAGACAGACACAUCCCAACAAUUAUAAAUAGCCUUCAAUUGAAGAAAACUGUGUCCAUCUCAUGUGGAGGGGAACACACUGCCACUUUAUCAAAGGGCGGCACAGUGUUCACAUUUGGAUCCGGAGGUUCUGGUCAGCUUGGGCACAACUCAUUUAAAGAUGAACAUCAUCCGCGGGUGGUUGCUGAACUGUGGGGAUCUGAAGUGUCACAGGUCACAUGUGGGAGACAUCACACACUUGUAUCAAUCGCAUCGUCAAAGCUGAUCUACUCGUUUGGAUGUGGCAUGCAAGGGCAGCUGGGAAACGGAGAAAUGAUCAAGCAGUCUGUGCCUUUCCCUGUGGAUCUGCCAACCGAAUGUAAUCAAGAAUAUACGAUUGAAAAAAUCAUCGCUGGGGAGAAUCAUUCCUUUGCCUUGUUUUUCAAAGAACUGGAAAAUAAGGUCAAAUCCAAUCCAAGCAGAGGGGUUUUGACAUUAAAUGACAGAAUGAUUGACCGAUGGCUGUCUGGAACUGAUUCAUGCUGGGCAACAAUAAAACAGGAAAUACACACAGUGUUCUCCUCCGCUGCCUCUAUGAAUGGGAGUUUUCUCAAAACAAGUUGUGAUGAUCAUUAUCAGACGUCUGAGGAUCGUUGUGGUUUGGAUUUUGAUCUGGUUAAAACACCCUUUGCAAAGUUAUCAGAGAAUAAAAGCUUGAUAUCAGAGGUAGUGAAGGUGGUUCAGCAGACACUGGUGCCAUCUCUGAAUCCAAAUCCAACUGGUGUGGAAUCGCUGAGAGUUUAUCUUCUCCUCCCUGAGCUCAUCAGACGUCUCAAGAAACAAAAAACCGAACUCACUGAAGCUCUGGCCUCCAAAAUCCUUCAGCUGGAUCCUGAUGCUCACAAGGUGUUAGAGAAGUACUGGUCCAAACUCCCUGAUGAUUGGCUCAAAAGCCUGGUGAAGUUAUUUCACAAAGCAUCUGCUGAGCUGAUUGGCCAGAUUUCUUGUGGUGAAAUGGGCUAUGACUUAACUAGACGCCUGAAAAAGUUUUUGAAUAUCCUUCGGAUGAUCUAUCAGGUCUGCUGCAGUGCCAACAGAGACAUCCCAAACAGGGAUUUCAUCAUUCAUGAGAUCAGUGAUCUACUAGAUACGCUGAAAGCCACCUUGGAGAAACUGUCAUUGCCAUUUUUGGGUUUUGCUUUUACUGACGAUUGGGAGGAUAUGGUGAAAUUGAGAGAUUACUGCUUUGAAACUAUUAACAUAUUGGUCAAGUUCCCUUUUGUGGCUGACACUGUGUCUAAACAGAAAAUGUUUUGUUAUUUGCAGGGACUUUUACAGAGCUUUCCAGACCCAUACAGGAUCUUUUUAAAUGGCAACAUGUUGCACAUAAACAGGGAAUCAGUGUUGACAGACACGCUAAAGUAUCUCAGACAAAAAACCCACUCAUUUUGUUAUCCAUUGCAGGUGACGUUCAUCGGGGAGAAUGGAGUAGAUAUGAGGGGUUUAUCGGCAGAAUUCUUCUCCCUCCUUUCCCAGUCUCUUCUGAAAUGGGAGAAGAAGGUGCUGGAAGUCCAUGAGAGUUCACUGGUUUGGUUCAAUCCUGAUGGCAUGCAAGCUAAUAGAGAUUUUUACUAUCUUGGCGUUAUCUGUGGAAUGGUGCUCUACAACCGUCAUUAUAUAAACAUUGGCUUCCCACUGGCCUUGUUCAAGAAACUCCUCCAGCAGAGUCCCACUCUGAAUGAUCUGGAGGAACUAUCUCCUGUGGAGGCCAGAACUUUGAAAAGCCUUCUUGAGGAGGACGAGGAUGAAGUAGUGGAUAUGUUCGGUUUCGAUUUCACGGUCAAAGGAAAAAAGCUCAUCCCAAACGGAGAUCAAAUUCGAGUGACCAAAGCUAAUAGACAGAAAUAUGUGGAUUUGUAUGUCGACUUCGUUUUCAACAAGUCAGUGAAGAAACAGUUCGAGCAUUUUUCAGAAGGUUUCUUUAAGGGCUGUCCACUUGAUGCCUGGAGCAUGUUCCACCCUGAGGAACUCCAGGAGCUUCUCCACGGCUCCCCUGAAUACGAGUGGAAGGAGCUUCAGCAGUCUGCUUCCUAUGAAAAGUGCUCUGCCUCUGAUGAGCUCAUCAAGAACUUCUGGACUGUUUUCUCUGAGCUCUCUGAAGAGAACAAGAAGAAGUUUCUGAUUUUCUUGUAUGGGACGGACCGUGUACCUGUGGGAGGUUUCUCAAAGCGCUCUCUGAAGAUUUUACUGUCAGACUGUCCUGAUGCAGAAGACCGACUGCCAGAGGCCCAGACCUGUUUUGGCAGAUUAAUUCUUCCCAAAUACAGCGAUAUCAACACACUUCGUGACAAGCUUAUACACGCAAUCAGCUUUUGUAAGGUUUUUGGACGAGCGUGAAAUUCCCUCCAUAUUCCAGACCCUAUGCAGUCAAGCGUAUGCUGCUAAACUUUGCAGCUUAUUGGGUAUGGAACAUUCAUAUUGGCUAGUUAUCAUCAUUUAUAUAGGUUAGACAUCAUAAUAACAUCAAACAUAUGUAAAUAAACACAUUGUGAGAGCUAUAGAUAUUCUAUUUCUAGCAUUAUUUAAAAUAAUUUUUAUUGUUUAUGUUUUACUGCUGGUAGAAUAACUUAACUAAAGGCCUUUGUGAUUUUAUAUAGCCUAAUAUAAUGCAUGAAUAUACAGAUAUUCUGGUAU